AUGCUCGCCCUCCAACAACAAGGCGCGCACCUCCCGCUCCGUUGCCUCGCCCAGCCAGCCCGUGACCUCGUCCAGCAGCACGACGCGCGCGCCGCGCAACGCCGCCACCCCCAGCGCGAGCAGCUGCUGCUGGCCCGGCGAGAGGUGCAGCGCACCGAGGUCCGCGGCGAGCCCACCCCGCGGCGCGACCACGCUGUCCCGCAGGCGGGAGCGGGGAAGGAGGUCGGCGUGGACGAAGCCCGGGAGGGGGACUGGGGGAUGCGGAAGGCAGGCGAGGCGUCUGCGGAUGGUGGCCAGCGGGAUCGGCCGAUCGCCAUCACGAGCUUCCGCGCCCUCACCGCCAACACGGCCUCCCUCCCCCGGGCCACGGGUUUAGCACCCGCGCACCCCUAUGACUCUCCGGAUCGGCAGCGUGCCAGCCGCGAUGCACGUGGGCCGCCACCUCCCGCAGCCCGCGCUACUUGUCUUGUCACUAUCUCUCGGUCCUGA